UCCCGUGGCAACAACCGGAAGUGACGCAGACAUCAAUAACAAGAAGACACAAGCAACAGUGUGUAGCGCAGCCCAGUUCAUCCCUCUUUUAAUCUUUUAAAACAAAAAUACAACAUGUCUUCGGAUUUUGAAACGUACGAGCAGGACUUUGGCACCCUCACUGCGGAUAUAACCAACAAAAUUGGAAGAAUACCCAAAUUAGCCGGUGAGGAGAAGACACAGCUGGUUCUAAAUGUCGACAAACAGCUUGAAGAAGUCAGAGAGUUGCUCGAGCAGAUGGACCUGGAGGUUCGAGAGAUCCCUAUUCAGAGCCGAGGCAUGUACAGCAGCCGUCUGAAGAGCUACAAGCAAGAGAUGGAGAAACUUGAGAAAGAUUUUAAAAGGUCACGUAUUGCCUACAGUGAUGAGGUGCGGAACGAGCUCCUGGGGGAUGAUGGGGGCUCCUCAGAGAGUCAGUUGAUAAAGUUACGUGAAGAGAGAGCACAUCUUUUGGACAACACAGAGAGGCUGGAAAGGUCAUCUCGGAGGCUGGAAGCUGGCUACCAGAUAGCGGUGGAAACCGAGCAAGUGGGACAGGAGAUCCUCACCAACCUGCACAGUGAUCGCGAGAAGAUCCAGAGAUCCCGCGACCGGCUGAGAGAAACGGACGCUAACUUGGGCAAAAGCUCUCGGAUCCUGACCAGCAUGCUGAGAAGGUAAGAGGAAGGAUCAUUCAGAAUCGUGUCUUGGUCUUCAUCCUGGGUGCCAUCAUCCUCCUCACCAUCGUCUUGGCCAUCUAUUUCAAUUUGCGAGGGCACUGAUCUCCACUGACUGGUCCUAUGCUUGCAUGUUUGAGUUUGUGUACGAGCGUGUGUGUUUGAUUAAUAGUGACAAAAGUGUUGGGCUGGAGUAAUUAGGACAAAUUGUUCACAUGAAUCAUUCCUGGUGGGCAGUGACAGGGGGCCUCUCCUCACUGCUCUCGAGCAGAGCGGGACCGUUCUCACCCUCUCUCCCCUUAUAUUUAUGCUGUAUCCAUUAUUUUUAAAACUUACUGACCCAUGGAGAAACCCAGCACGAAUGUGUGGACACGAGGACCAUGAUGAGAACACCAGAUGGAUGAGGAACAUGAAGAUGAACAUCAACGUAUGUCAAAACCUGCUGUUUAAUGUUUAGAUUUCUUUUUCUGUAGGUGGGAAAAGGGUAUAAGAGUUAAAAGCUACUAGCAAAAUUCAAUUUAUCAGGUAUAUGUGUGCGUGUUUGUUUGAGAGAGAGAGAGCCAUAUACAAGGCAAGGCCCCCGGUGCAGUACCAUUUAACACAUGGUGCAGAAUCACACACAACACACAGCCCAAAGGUCACGCGCCCGUCUCUCAGUCCCCCUUCAUCCAGGAUUAGUAGCUUCUCACGCUGUUCCUCUAAGGUCAGAAAAGACCUCGCAUGUGUUUAGUAAAACCAGCAGGACCGCUUUAAACAAGAAAACAUACUAAGAAUACAUAAUAAGAAGUGUUUCCUGUAUUUAUUUGUCUUUUCAGAUAAAUUGUGCUGUAUUUUUUUUGCUGUAACUUUCUUUUGAUUAAUCUGGAAUUUGUUGUAGCUAUUAGUGUUUUAAAAUGAUACAUUAAAAUUAUAUCAUUUGUCUCUACUGUACAAUAGUGUUUCAAAUGCGCUUUAUUAUUACUAUACGGGGACCAACUAACAAGCAUCAGUAUGGAAAUAUGCAAAAUUUGUGAGUCUGCUCCAGGCUUUCACCUGCUGGUUGAGUAUUAGUCUAUCAGAAAGACGGUCACCUUGGCUGUCUACUAACAGUACAAUUAUUUUGUUUAUCAUGUUUUCAUGUGAGGAUUCCUUUGUAAGUUUUCAUUAGUAAUGUUUAUUGUCAUACACUCCAGCUCAGUUCCAAAACUUAGUUAGUUGUUUUGCUGUAUUAUGCAUGCAUAGGCAGUUGAAGUCCAAGGCAGCAUCACUAACUGAAAUUAACCUAAUAAAACUUCAUAAAUGACUGUUUCUAAACCCUCGACAUAGUCAGCAACUUUGAACACAUAAGAGACCAACUUCACAAUUGAUUUAAAAAAAGUUAGCUGUUAGCUUGUUGCUAAUAUAAUGGCAAUGUUUUAAGCAUAAAGCCAAAUGAUCAAUUUUAAUGAAUCAGCCAUCAAAUUAGCCAUCAACAUUUCAUUUUGUUUGCCAUUUUGGAAAUUAUUUUUUUAAAAUAGUUUGAUAUUAGCAUGUUGCUAAGCUAAUUAAAAUGUGUUAAGCAUAAAGACAAAUAAUCCAUGCUAGUGAAUCAAGUUAGCUGUUAGCAUGUUGCUAAGCUAAUUACGCAAUACUAUAAUAAGCACAAAAAUACAGAGCACACAAAUAUUGGGUAAAAUUAACCAUUUAAAUUACAUUGAGCUAUAACAAUAUUCAGUACUGAAUUUUUCUCACUUC